AAAGUAUUGCAAUGAGAAUGAAAACAAAAUAGCAAAUGCAAAUAUAUUAAAUUAUUAAGUGUUUUUCCUAAAAAAUAAACAAUUUUAAUAUAAUUUUUACACAGAAUGUCCCUACCACCAGCUUUACUCAAGCGUUUGGCUUCCCGAGGUCUCGUUAAGGGAUCAAUUUCCGAUGAUUCAGCUCUGAAUGAAACAAAAGCAGAUGAAGUUCUCGAAAAUGAAGAAAUCAUUGCAGAAGACUACGAUGAAAUAGACAUUGAGUACCCCUCACAAUUUGAUUCAUACGAACCCGAGAGGAGAAUCGAAGAGAAUUUCUGGAUCGAGCGAAUGAAACUACGCAUAGGCGAUGGAAAUCUCUCGGGCUACAAAGGCUGUCCAAACAAAUACAAUAUUUAUCACAAAUGUAAUCUCUAUUGUGUUACCCGCUGGGGAACCGGAGUUUUAGAACCUGAAAAAGAGUACUUGAAGCGAAAAGCUCGACUGAGUAGAAAAUACCCACUUCCUAAGGGUUGGAAAGAAAUCUACGAUCCUGGAUGUGGAUGUUUUUAUUACUGGAAUACUGCAAACAAUAAUGUUUCUUGGCUACCACCGACUCAUCCAAAGGCCUGUGUAACCAAAAGCGCGGCUAUGUUCAGGCGACAACUCGAAGAACUAGUUCCGCUCGAAAGCGAUGAAGCUGCGGACGAUAAAAGCGACAGCGAAAACGGCUCCCGAUCAGCAGACCAAAAUGAAACUAAUGUCUCGCCAUCAUCGCAGCCACCGUUUUCAUCUAAAGUUCCACUAGGUGAACGCUCCAAAAGUGAAUUAAGAACUCAUCUAAUGGGUCCGAAAAAGCACCGUAACCGUGAUCUGGAUAAGAUGAUUCGGCAAAAAGAGAUUAAACGCUAUCGCGACAAAAUGUUAAGAAAAGAUAGCGCCCGUGAGUCACAACAUAAAGUAGAAUUGUCAAAGCAACUCAGAGAUUAUGUCGAUAAAGGAAACGCAAGCCAAUAAAUAAUAUAAAAACACCUUGAAAAACUAAUCACUAGGAAUUAAAAGAACAUUUCUUAAUUUCAGAACAAGUUUAAUAAAAUAUAUAUAUUAUAUAGGCGUUUUAAUUAA